AUGCUGCUCAAAUCAGGACUUGCAAUUGUAACUGGAGGUGGUUCUGGAAUCGGCAAGGCGAUUUGUGAGAAGUUUGCGGCGAAUGGCGCUCGUAUAAUCGUUGCUGAUCUUAAAAAGGAAACUGCUGAGAAGACAAUUGACGGGCUUGAAGGGACUGGCCAUGUGGCUGUUGGCGUCGACGUCAGUAAAAUUGAUAGUGUGCGAGAAUUGGAGAAUUUCGUGAAAUCUCUCGAUGCGACACCGAAUGUUCUUGUGAAUUGCGCGGGAAUCACAAAGGACAAAACGUUGCUGAAAAUGCCGCUGAAAAAUUGGCAAGACGUGAUUGAUGUGAACUUGACAAGUAUCUUUUUGAUGUCGCAGGCGUUUUCGAAAUUAGCGGUUGAAAGAGAUGCUCAAUUAUCAAUCAUUAACAUUUCCUCAAUUGUUGGAAAGAUAGGAAAUUACGGACAGACGAAUUACGCGGCCACUAAAUCCGGCGUCAUCGGUUUCACGAAGUCUGCUGCUCGAGAGCUCGCCGCCAAGAAAAUUCGCGUGAACGCGGUUCUUCCUGGAUUCACCACCAGCCCAAUGACAAAACUUGUCCCCAAAGAAGUGCUUGAUUCUAUUAUUAAUCAAAUUCCUGCUCAUCGUAUGGCUGAACCGCAUGAAAUUGCCGACGCCGCUCUAUUCCUCGCUUCCGACAUGUCAUCAUACGUCACGGGAGCCACUAUAGAAGUAACCGGUGGCUACGGAAUGUAA